AUGUUUUCAACAUCACGAGUCGUCAUUGUGGCUCUGGCCCUGGUGACCAUCAUCUGUUUCUACUACCAAAUUUCGGAUCUCCCGCUCGUCAAGAACGUACUACAACAGACACCGCAGGACGAAAAGUAUACUUCAGUGAUACUUGCAUCAGGAGAUGAUUCCUCAAGUCGAUCGGCUCCUGGGUUCCAGACAUCUCACACAGUCGUCAUCCCAGAGAGCAGUCAGCCAGAGGACACUGUGGUUAUGGGUGCUCUCUCGACUGACAACGUGGCCUGGGCGACAACGAAGCUCAAUGGGUGGGACGCUUUCGUGUAUACCGUGGACAACACCACGAUGCCAAUGCAUACAGAUCGCAACAAAGGCAAGGAAGCAAACGCCUACCUGACUUACAUCAUCCAAAACCUCGACUCGCUUCCGUCAACAAUCGCGUUCGUACAUUCACAUGAGUUCGGCUUCUCGAAAGCAUGGCACACAGAUGCCAAGGGCCACUCUAAUGUUGAGAGCCUUAACUCAUUGAACGUCAAUUUCGUCCAGAGGAAUGGCUAUGCGAACCUGAGAUGCUUGCACAAUCCCGGCUGUCCAGACGAAGUCCAACCCUUCAGAGAACCCAUGGACGAGAGCAAGACCACCGAAAUAGUGUUCGCUGCUGCUUGGCGUGAGAUAUUCAAGAACAACGACGUUCCAGAAGUCGUUGGUGUAGCUUGCUGUGCUCAGUUCGCACUUCGCAUGCACCAAUGGUUGAUGAAUACCGAAUUGGACGAUUCGACCUCAGGACGGGUUUUCGAGUACUUGUGGCAUAUCAUCUUCGGCCAGGAGUCUGUCUAUUGUCCGAGUCUAGCACAGUGUUACAAAGAUGUGUACGGCACUGAAUGA